ACCACAAGGUGCAAUCUGACCCAGGAAACAGUAGCGCAUGAUUGGCAUUGCAGGAUUGGAGUGUUGUCGGAAGAUCUCGCCAACAUGAAGUAUGUUCUGGUAUCUGGAGGUGUGAUCAGCGGCGUCGGGAAGGGCAUCAUUGCCUCAUCCGCAGGCCUGCUCCUCAAAACCAUGGGCCUCAAGGUCUCUAGCAUCAAGAUCGAUCCUUACAUCAACGUCGACGCUGGUCUGAUGAACCCACGCGAACACGGUGAAGUCUACGUUCUCGACGACGGCGGCGAAGUGGACCUCGAUUUGGGCAAUUACGAGCGCUAUCUCAACAUCACCCUGACUCGACAGAACAACAUCACGCUGGGCAAGAUUUACGAGAGGGUCAUUUGGAAAGAGAGGAACGGAAAGUAUUUGGGUAAAACAGUGCAAGUGGUGCCGCACGUCACAGGAGAGAUUGAGGAUUGGAUUGAGAGGGUUGCAAAGGUGCCGGUGGACGACACUGGUGAGGAGCCGGAUGUGUGCAUUGUGGAGUUGGGAGGCACCGUUGGAGAUAUCGAGAGCAUGGCAUUCGUCGAGGCAUUGGCAGAAUUGAGGAGAAAAUGCGGCAGGGACAACUUCAUGCAAAUCCACGUUUCGUACGUGCCGGUGGUGCAUGGCGAGCAAAAGACGAAACCAACACAGAUGGCCAUCAAAGCCGUGCGCUCGGCUGGUCUGAUCCCAGAUCUCAUCGCAUGCCGAUGCGAGAAACCUCUCGAAGCCGGCGCCAUCGACAAGAUCGCCCGUUUCUGUCAAGUCACGACAGCAGAAGUCCUGGCCGUCCGCGACAUGCCUUCGACGUACCAAGUUCCGAUCCUCCUCCACGAGCAAAAUCUCGUCUCCCUCAUGACCUCCACACUCCGACUGGACGACCUCCCUCGCAGCCCUGCUCUCCAGAAGAAGGGAAUCCGGAUUUGGGAGACCUGGAAGCAACUCACCCUCGGUCUCGAACACAUCCGCGACGAACUCGAAAUCGUGCUUGUGGGCAAAUACCUCGAUCAACCGGAUGCUUACUGUUCUGUCAUCAAAUCACUCGAACACUCGGCCAUGUUCUGUCGGAAGAAGCUCAAGGUGCUGAACGUGGACGCUGAAGCGCUGGAGAAGCACACGUCAAAAUCCGAUCCGGCUGCCUUCCACAAAGCAUGGCACCAAGUUUGCACCGCUGCGGGCAUCCUCAUCCCCGGAGGUUUUGGCGGAAGAGGCACGGAAGGCAUGGUUGCUGCAGCGAACUGGGCCCGUGAGAACAAGACGCCCUACCUCGGCGUCUGUCUAGGAAUGCAGAUCGCAGUCAUCGAAUACGCCCGCAAUGUCUGCAACAUUCCCUUGCCUGUCGCCACUUCGUACGAAUUCGAUGGCGCGGACAAGGACCGCAUCAUCAUCGACAUGCCAGAGCACAAUCCUGGUGAGAUGGGCGCCACGAUGCGAUUGGGUAUCAAACCAACAUUCUGGCAACCCGGCUCAGAAACUUCAAAACUCCGCGCGCUCUACGGUCACGGAGAAUCGAUCUCCGAACGCCAUCGUCACCGGUACGAAGUCAACCCGGACUACAUUCCGCAACUCGAGGAAGCCGGUCUUGCGUUCAUCGGCAAGGACUCAACCGGCGUGAGGAUGGAAGUCAUCGAACUGAAGGACCAUCCGUGGUUCGUCGGCGUGCAAUACCACCCCGAGUACCUUUCAAGAGUGCUGGAGCCAAGUAAGCCGUAUCUGGGUUUCAUUGCGGCGAGCGCGGGCAUGCUCGACGAGGUGUUGGAGAGGAGUCGGGACAAGAGUGGGAGGAGUAGUCCGAAUGGAGAUCUUUAUGACGAUGCGCGGAGGGUCAAUGGUGGCGCUAAGGAGAAGGUGGUGAUUUAG